AUGUCACAGUAUGAUUCCAACGAUAAAAAAACCCGAGUCAGAUUCCGCUCCGCUGCUUUGCGGCUCGUGGCUGCCCAGUGGAUCCACUUGUGGGAGAGAAAAGCCCAAUCGGGACCCACAGCAGCGGCUAUUCUGGGCUGA